CUAUCCCAUUCCCAAACUGCUCCUUUGAAAGACGGAUUUCCUGGGCUUAGAUGGGUGAGUAGGAAACACAACUUCUUCCUUCCAUACAUUUCUAUCCCCAUUUUUUAUUACACCUCCUCUUUAGUUUUCCCUUUGGUUUAGGAUUCAAGAUCGCUUCCUUAACAAAUGCUAAAUCCUGACUUGUGUUUUCCUUUAAUCUCCAAAUCCUCAAAGUGAAAAUCAGGGUUUGACAUGGAAGUUAGAGGUCAGGAUAAGGAAAUGGGUAUGCCAAGAAGAAGAGAUCAGAGUGUUGUUUCUGAUGCAAUCCUCUCUCAAUCCGUAGAUCAUCAUCAACAACAGUCUGUUUACCAUCAUGAUCAGCUGAAUCCACAGAUAAACAAACCCAGAAGAGAUCCUGAGCCAGACCCAGAUCCGGUUCCGGCUCCAGUUGCCACCCAAGCAGCUAACAGAUCAAGCCUGAAAUCCCCACAACCAGCUCCCGCACCUCUGCAACCUCCGCCAGCACCAACCUCUGCACCUUCGGUUAGAUACAGAGAAUGUAUGAAGAACCAUGCCGCUGCUACGGGCGGUCAUGUCCUCGACGGUUGCGGGGAGUUCAUGCCGAACGGAGAGGAAGGUACCCCGGAGGCCUUGAAAUGUGCGGCUUGUGACUGUCAUCGGAGUUUUCACCGGAAAGAAACUAAUGGGGAGUCGCAAUAUGCCCCAAAUAGUUACUACACAUAUACCCCCGGCAAAAACAGCGCAAGAAGAGACAACAUCCCUCCACUGCCUCAGCACAGAUUAUCCCAUGGGUUCCCCACCAAUAUUCCUUCCACAGUCCCAAUUGCACCAGUCAUGAUGGCUUUCGGUGGCGGUGCUCUGGCGGAAUCCUCCAGUGAAGAUCUGAUACUAUUCCAAGCAAAUGCAGGAGGACAAUCAUCAGUGCAGCCACCAUUGUCAAAGAAGAGAUUCAGGACCAAGUUCAACCAAGACCAAAAAGACAAGAUGAUGGAAUUUGCUGAGAAAAUAGGAUGGAAGAUCCAGAAGCAAGAUGAAGAUGAGGUGCAGCAGUUCUGUGCUGAUGCAGGAGUAAAGAGAAAGGUAUUCAAGGUAUGGAUGCACAACAAUAAACAAGCCAUGAAGAAGAAGCAAAUGUAAGCAAUUAAGAUUUUUUUUUUUUUUUUUAAUUUCAAGGUUCUACUGGUACUAGAGAAUAAGUAGAUCACAUGUGAAUAAUUAAUUACCAAAAAAAGGGAGAAGCAGAUAGAUUUACGUCUCUUGCUAGUGCUGAUUUUUCUCAAUUUGGCAUUCAUGUUUGUUAAGUAUAUUAUCAGUAUGUAAUAAUUUUGUUCAAGAUAAUUGUUAAUCUGUGAUAUCAAAAGAUUCACACUUCUCAAAAACAUAUUGACAACUGAGGAUAUAUUUGUAUUACAACUCAUAAAAUAAUUAAGAAGAUAUAUCCUGCGUUAGGGUUAGGGUUUUAAGUAUUGAGUUAUUUGUGAGAAAUUAGAAGUUUCUUGUUUUGAUGGCCCCCUCCUCCCCCGAAAAAAAAAAAGAAGAAGUUUCUUGUUUUGGUUUUAUACCACGAUUAGUGGGAUUAUU